AGUAUUUAUAUAUACCUUGCUUGCAGCUCUCUAACAUCACUCGAUUGCUGACAGUGACAGUAACCAAAACCAGAGCACUGUGGAAGGGAUAGAAUAGAAGAAACACUCUUCUUCUCCAUAAAUUACCUCAGCUAUCAGCUAUCAUUUUCUCUUCUCAGAGAGGCGAGCAUUCAGCUUGAGCAAUGGCUUCGGCGCGAUUGGAUCUGGACGGGAACCCCAUAAAGCCAAUCACCAUCUGCAUGAUAGGUGCAGGUGGCUUCAUCGGGUCCCACCUCUGCGAGAAGCUCAUGAACGAAACCCCUCACAAGGUUUUUGCUUUGGAUGUUUAUAACGACAAGAUCAAACACCUUCUGGAACCCGACACGCUCCCCUGGGCUGGUCGCAUCCAAUUCCACCGCCUCAACAUCAAGCACGAUUCUCGACUUGAGGGCCUCAUCAAGAUUGCAGAUCUGACCAUUAACCUGGCUGCUAUAUGCACUCCCGCGGAUUACAACACGCGCCCUCUCGACACCAUUUACAGCAACUUCAUCGACGCGCUUCCUGUGGUGAAGUACUGUUCGGAAAACAAUAAGCGUCUCAUUCACUUCUCUACCUGUGAAGUGUACGGGAAAACGAUUGGAAGCUUUCUCCCCAAAGAUAGUGCACUUCGUCAGGAUCCUGCAUACUACGUACUGAAGGAGGAUGAGUCUCCUUGUAUUUUUGGUUCGAUUGAAAAGCAGAGAUGGUCAUAUGCCUGUGCUAAGCAGUUGAUUGAGAGGCUGAUUUAUGCUGAGGGCGCUGAAAAUGGAUUGGAAUUCACAAUUGUGAGGCCUUUUAAUUGGAUUGGACCAAGAAUGGAUUUCAUUCCCGGCAUUGAUGGACCAAGUGAGGGUGUUCCUCGGGUUCUGGCAUGCUUUAGCAAUAAUCUCCUCCGUGGUGAGCCCCUCAAGCUUGUGGAUGGUGGCCAAUCCCAGAGAACCUUUGUGUACAUUAAGGAUGCCAUUGAAGCUGUCUUGCUGAUGAUUGAAAAUCCUGCCAGGGCCAAUGGACAGAUUUUUAAUGUGGGCAAUCCAAACAACGAGGUUACAGUUAGGCAGCUUGCUGAAAUGAUGUCUCAGGUUUAUUCAAAGGUAAGUGGAGAAGCUCCUCUGGAAAAGCCUACUAUUGAUGUGAGCUCCAAAGAAUUUUAUGGCGAGGGAUAUGAUGACAGCGACAAGAGAAUUCCUGACAUGACCAUAAUUAAUAGGCAACUUGGCUGGAAUCCUAAGACCUCACUUUGGGACCUGCUUGAAUCAACUCUCACCUAUCAGCACAGAACAUACGCUGAAGCCAUAAAGAAAGUGAUUGCAAAGCCCGUGGCAAGUUAAACUGUAUGGUGAUGAAGUGCUUUGAGAAGAGUGUUCAGACCAUAGUGAUUAUUUUCUACAUACAUAGUAAUUUUCCCCUUGGUUUUGGUUUGGGUAGCCAAUACCUAUUUUGUUUAUUACAUAUUUAUGAAGUGAUGAGAACUUAUCCAAGACAAUAUGUGCUGUUGGGAAACAUACGAGGAAAUAAUGAAUAUUCAGCUGUAACAUUUUAUCUUAUACUUCCUAAAUUUAUUGUCAUUAAUUUAUUCAAUGGAAUAUUUUUGUUGCACUAUGUUU